CCAUUGGAUGUCCUACCCCCCUAUUUUCAUGGCGCUAAUAAAUGCUUAUCGAAGACGCAUAAAGCGAGUAAAUUCGCAGCCAUUAAACGAGCAUAAAACUCGAUCGGGCCGAAACGAAAUUGUGGGACCGACAAAUCAAAGUACAUGCCUCAGAGCCAUGUCCCGGCCUCCCUUCCCUUCGCUAGCCCUAAAGUUUCCCUGCCAUGAAAUAAAACCAGGCAACAAUGAAACCCAAAGCGGCUCCCAAGCGAUUUCGAUGCGGGCAUUCGUCGGUCGGACCAAGGAAUUGGCCACCCACAAGCCGAAAACCCAAACCCCCAGAGAAGCUUCCAUUUUAACCCCCACUCCCUUGGCACUUUCUGCACCCCCUCCUCCGACGCAACACUCGCUAUAUAACCAUCUUACCCAACGUUGA